CGUCGAGGGUAGAUCGUUCGGAGCUACGUCUUACAUGUGUGCCGUCGGAUAGUCGUAUCGCGUAACUCUAGCGUAAUACAACGUCGUCGUACGUAUUUCCUAUUCUAUUCAUACGUGUGUACAGUACGUCGCUUUUCCUCUCGGUGUAUAUUCAUUGUGAAACGAGUACCAAGUGAGUGGUUGCCACGGAAAGCGGACUCGAAGAAGAAAGUGACAGUGCUCAGUGUGUGCUCUCGCUUCGACUCUACCUUCUUGUCUUGUGUCUUUUCUCCGGUUUCGUUCUUUCUUUUUUCGUUGCUGACCAGUGAAUAAUAGUGCGUACUGGCUAUGACCUGGGAUACCGCCGGAUAUACCUGAGGAUAACGGAGACAUAUCCAUUACUCCUGACAGGACUUCGUCGUGACGGGAGGAAGCAACAUAACCUCUUCGAGGGCCUCUGACGAUAAGAUGUACCCCAGUGCCAGUAUAAACGCUGCGGCAGCUGUGGCUGUGGCAGCUGCGGCACGGCACCCGGGUCCACCGCAACCCGGGCAGCAAAUUAAAUUCACAGUCGGAGAAUCCUGCGAUAGGAUCAAAGAGGAAUUUAACUUCUUGCAGAACCAAUGUCACGCCUUGAAGCUCGAGUGCGAGAAAUUGGCCACGGACAAGAUCGAGAUUCAACGACAUUACGUGAUGUAUUACGAGAUGUCGUACGGCCUAAACGUGGAGAUGCACAAACAGGCCGAAAUAUCGAAGAGACUGAACGCAAUCAUCGGACAGAUACUGCCCUUUCUGUCCCAGGAACAUCAGCAGCAGGUCGCCACCGCUGUUGAUAGGGCGAAACAGAUCACGAUGUCGGAGCUGAACUCCAUAAUUGGGCAACAGAGACCAGACAUAUCAAGACUGCUGCAGCAAAUGCAUGCUCAACAACUGCCACCGGGAACGGCGAUAGGCGCCCAUCCAGGGCUACCCGGACUUCCGGGACUAGGACCAGGUGCUGGACUUCCGGUGUCAACUUCCGCCUCCGCGGCUCUUAUUGGUCUUGGCCUGACGCCGGGCGCCGCCACAGCGCCGGGCACGACAGCGGCCCAUCCACUGUCGAUGCUGAGUAAACCGGAAUUGCACCGCGGCCAGCCCGACGAUUUAAAGAGCAAUGGCGGUCUCAGCUCGACCGAGGAGAGACACAGGAGCUCGAUAUCGCCCGGUGAUAAAUACAGUCGUCCACGAACACCGCAGGAGACGCAUCAUUCCCAUCAUUCUCAGAAUCACCAUGACCAUCCCAUGCACAUCAAGAAGAUGAAGAAGGAGCAGGAUAAGGACAUCGGUCAUAGUGACGGCGAGAAGAGCGACCAGGACCUGGUGGUGGACGAUGCCAGCGAGGGACCAACGAGCCCGGUAGUAAACGGCACGACGUCGCCGCGGGAGAACGGGCUGGACAAGGUGGCGCCGAUCGGCGCCGGCGUGCAGACGAAGAAAGACGUACCGCCGCAUUCGCCGCGAAGCGGGACCAGCAGCAACGCCAGCACGCCGUCCGCGAAAAAGAUGGAGGAGCGGGAGAAGCCCACGACCCCGAUCUCAAAGCCGCUCACGCCGACCUCGGGGUCCGCGAUCGGCGGCGGCCUCAAGCCCUCGGGAUCGGCCAAGCUGCUCCAGGGACCGCCGCCUCCCGGUGUGCCCAGCGCUUAUCCGCCCCACUACGCGCCCGGCCCACCGCCGCACCAUCUGGCACCAGCUGGCCAGCAUCCUCACGUAGACAUGAUGGGUUAUAACGGCUACGUGGCGCCCAGAGCACCACCUUCGCUGCAGCAGCUAUACGAUCCCCACGUGGCCAUGAGGGCCCCCAUGGGAUCCGUUGGAGUUCCCGGAGGCAAACCCGCGUACAGCUUCCACGUGUUGAGCGAGGGCCAGAUGCAGCCGGUGCCCUUCCCACCGGACGCGCUCAGCGGACAAGGGAUACCGCGUCAUGCGCGGCAAAUUAAUACCCUCAGCCACGGGGAGGUCGUGUGCGCUGUCACGAUCUCCAAUCCGACCAAAUAUGUGUACACCGGCGGCAAGGGAUGCGUCAAGGUCUGGGACAUAGGCCAGGGCGGCACGGGAAGCACCAAGUCCGUGUCCCAGCUCGACUGUCUGCAGCCGGAUAACUACAUCAGGUCGGUGAAACUGCUACCGGAUGGCAGGACGCUGAUAGUCGGCGGCGAGGCUAGUCGGCUGAGUAUCUGGGAUCUGGCCAGUCCGACGCCGAGGAUCAAGGCCGAAUUAAUCUCUGCCGCCCCCGCCUGUUACGCUCUGGCGAUCUCGCCGGACUCGAAGGUCUGCUUCAGCUGCUGCAGCGACGGCAGCAUCGCUGUCUGGGAUCUUCAGAAUCAGUCGCUGGUGAGACAGUUCCAAGGUCACACGGAUGGUGCCUCGUGCAUCGACAUCUCCGCGGACGGGUCGAAGCUGUGGACCGGCGGGCUGGACAACACGGUGCGCUCGUGGGAUCUGAGAGAGGGCAGGCAGCUGAAGCAUCACGAGUUCACCUCGCAGAUAUUCUCGCUCGGCUACUGUCCCACGGGAGAAUGGCUGGCCGUGGGCAUGGAGAACUCGAACGUCGAGGUGUUGCACGCUUCCAAUCCGGACAAGUAUCAGCUACACCUGCACGAGUCUUGCGUGCUGUCGUUGAGAUUCGCGUCCUGCGGCAAGUGGUUCGUCUCCGCGUGGCGCACGCCUUACGGGGCGUCGAUAUUCCAGUCGAAGGAAUCGUCAUCCGUGCUGAGCUGCGAUAUAUCAGCGGACGACAGGUACAUCGUUACCGGUUCAGGUGACAAGAAGGCGACCGUCUACGAGGUCAUGUACUGAACGACGAAACCGCAACGACCGAACACCACGACCGAACGUAUUCAUCCGACCUGGUGGGCUCUCUCCUCAGCGUGGGUGUACAUAAUUCUUAUACGAUAUUACGAGAGACGUUUGUUGCCGUUGUUCUUGUUAUUGUUGUUGUUGUUACUCUUGGUGAUGAAAGGGUCCGUGCAAGAAAGCGAACGAGCCGAACGAACCGGCGAGCCGUAGAAGCUAGCCGAUCUCGGCCGAGAUCGGACAGAGACUCGUCGAGACCGGCGAAAAAGAGACUUAAAAAUUCAUGACACCGACCACGGAGGAUGCAAUCGUUUCGUUUUCCCGUCCGGACAUCAUCGUUCCCGUCGCGAACCGAUAAAUAUUUACGCGACAAACGAACGUUCUUCUUCUGUCCGUGACGGGACACCGGGCGAGUUCGUUCCGCUCGUUGGGCGCGCGGCCACCAUUUUGUUGGCCGGGGCGCGCAGCCGCCAUCUUGUUGGCUGGGGCGCGCGGCCGACAUCUUGUUGGCCGGUGCGCGCGUUGAUUAGAAGCAAACGCUGGCAUGCGUAUCGCGUUUCCUCUGUACAUUUUGUAUAUACAUAUACAUAUUAUAUGUAUAUAUAUAUUAUACAUAUAUAUAUAUAUAUAUACACAUACGUCAGUCUUUAAGUAUACCAUGAUAUUUUUCUACGUCCCCUAAAAGUGAGACGGAAAGCGAGUAAUAAGGAAAAACAGAAAAAGGAAAAAAAAUCACACACAUACACACGUACACGCGGACACGUACACAC